ACCUGAAUUUUCAGUUACUGUAGAAGAUAAUCUUUGCUGUGAUGGUGUUGUCUUCAGUAGAAGUUCAAUCGCAACCGAAGCUGAUGUUAAGUGAAGCGAAGAAGUCAUUUCUAGUGUUUUAGUGCAAAACAUUCGCAUGUGAAGCAUUAAUAAAAAAAACAAUGUUUUCAACCCAGAUAGCCAAAAGCACACAUAGUUGCAAAAUAAAAGCGCCUCAUUUUGAAAAUCGACGUCAAUAUUCCCAAUAAAUUGCCUCCUGGUGCAACAACUACUCGUAGGAAGAAAAAAUCAUUUUAGGACCUUAACUAUGAUAAAGUUAAAUGGAAUCUCCGAACGCUCGUAACACUGUGACGAUCGACUUUGCUGAAUAAAAUGCAUCCAAGUCCCCGAUUAUGCCACUUUAGAAGAAAUUGAUUCUCUUUCGAGACUGUCUAGGUUUGGAAUAAAUUAACCGCGUUUAAGAAGUGCUGGCGAAAGCAUUUCGAUGGGUUCUAGGAGGAGAUUGAGGCCAAAUGGCUUAACAAGAAAUAGUUGUGCAUAUUUCAAACAUUAAAAAUCGGUAGAAGCAACCAAACUGUCUGGUGAUGAGCCAAAAAUUCAACUUUCUAGAUUAAUAGAAUGGACGUUGAUACGUAAAAUGCGCGCACCAUUAAACGUCUUCUUGGUUUGGUUAUGGAGAUAUAAAUUUUCAAAAAAUUGCCUCCAUAGGGUUGUUUGGGACCAAAUGAUCCAAAAGUCCAAACUGAAAAAUGUUGUUUUUGAACAACAUGAAACAAGAGACUUCCUGGUUUAGGAGCAUGAAUAAUUUAUCUUUUAAGUUGAAAUAUUGACUUGGCUCUUUCGGAAUGGUUUUUCCAUCCAUAACCUUCUUCUGGUCCUCAGUUAGUUUGAAACUGAAUACAAGCGCAAAUUGCCUUAAAUUGGACGAACCUAAACGCAAAAUGGGGGCAAAAUGGCGCAAAAAGCUUUCAAAUUGCCUCCGCAAUAGUGGCAGUAGGCUCUCGAAUUUUUUCAAAUUACCGUUCCCGUAAUACGCAACGGUACUCUAUAUGGUCGACACAGAUGAAGCUUUAAAUAAAUCUGGGUUACGAUUUUACUAUAAGUGCUCUUACCGUGAUUUUUGUGCGCGGAAUGUGGACGCCAUCAGGCUAAUUACUAACUCAAGUAGCCGCUUUAAAUCUCUUGGGAUUUUUCUAGUUAGUUUGGCAGUAGACUUGGAUCUGAGCCAAGACAACGUGCAGGAUGCGUUUGUCAUUGCUGUGGAACAGCAGGCUCGCGAACGUCUGGAAAGACUUUCGGCGCUGCGAAAAAUCACCCCCAUCGACAUAACAGAGCUGUCCGAACAGCUGAAUCAGCAGACUGUUGUGACAUCGGAAGACUUAAACGGAUUUAUCAACAACUCGCCCAUCUACGUAACUUCUUUGACUGCCACCGAAAGUUUAAACAACAACCCCACAGGAAGCAGAUCAGGCGGCGCUCUCGGAACCACCACAUCAGUGGUGGCCGUGCAUCGGAGCGCUGGAGGUGAUAAAUUCCGACCUCCGCCUCUUUUGGCUAACGAUAUCCGAGCCCCUGCAGCUCCUGAGCAGAUCAGCGCUGUUGCGCUGCUCGCCAACCAUAUCGGACCUCAGAACAGGGAAGGACCGGAAAGUCCGUCCGUGUACGGAGUCAGUGGCGCCGGGACGCGUCGAUCUUCAUCCCCGUACGCAAACGGACGUACCGAAUUGCUCAUCGGAGAAGACAAUAACAAGUUGAAGACAUCGACUGGAUCAGUCGAGAGCAACAAUAACAAGCUCAAUAUAGAAAACGAAAUACAACAAAGGUCGCGAAGACGAUCGGGCAGCAGUUUGGUAGUGCUCGAUUCCGAGCUGGCAGAGCCGGUAAAGAAAGCGGCCGACGAUCUGGAUUCUUUGGAUAUGGUGAUGGUGGUGUCCCAUGGAGCGGACGAUGGACAGCCCCAUCGUGAGAUGGCGGUGGACGUUCCGGAGAGUUUUGUCGCCCGAAAUAAAACGCCUCCAAGGUAUCCGCCACCCAAGCCCACCCUGACGGUCGGGUACAAUCGAUUUUCCGGCGUGAAUUUCGGCGGGGACACGCAAGAACGAGCUAUCGACGUACCUGACAAUUAUAUCGACCGCAAAAGCACUCCGCCAAAAAUUAUCGCCAAAUCCGCCAAAAGUAAACCAGAGACAGCCUUGAAUGGUUCUGCCGCCCUGGCCCACUACAACCACCUCCCUUCCGCGCAAGCGAGCCCCCAAGUACCCCCCAAACCAGUGCCGCCCCCGAGGGAUCAUCUGAAAAUUGAAUCGGAUGGCCGACUGGUAAACAAAGCUCCUGCUCCUCAGUUACCUGCUAGAAUAGUGAACAAUAAUAAUAUAAAUGCGACCCCGAUUGGCAAUCAGACAUCGGUCAUUACUGAGCCUACCAGAGAGCAGUUGGAUAGUAUUAAAAAAUAUCAGGAACAGAUCAGAAAGCGGAAAGAAGAAGAGGAACGGAUAGCCGCUCAAAAUGAGUUCCUCAAUCGAUCGUUGCGUGGCUCCAGAAAGCUGCAAGCGUUGGAGAACAGACCGCAAGGGACCAUCAACGAUGCCUACGAAGACGAGCUGCUCGAACCGGCACGCUCUGAAAGUCCGAUGGAAGAAAAAGAGCGCGUACAUAUCGCUUAUGCCUAUGGAGAGCUGGUGGCUGCUGUCCAGCGACUGCAAGUGCAGCUGAAGAAAACUUCGCCCGGAUCGGGAAUAUCCGGAUUGGAGGGCCGCAUCGCUGCAGUGCAAUCGUUGCUGCUUUCGCCUCAAUUCGGGCGGGCGCUAGCCAUUCACAAUAAAAUUCAAACCGUACGGCAAAAAGUCAGCGCCAGGCCUCAGCCCUCAGCGCAGAACGCCCUCAGGGACGCCUUGGAUGCUGUGGCUUCUUCGCAAAGUGCUUACGCUGUGGAAUUGGCCACCAUUUUAACAGAUACGUCCAGAGCAAGAAAAGAGAACGAGGUGGACGGCCAGGACUAUCACUUUAUCACGCGAGCUCAAUUCGAAGCGGAUAUUCUUUCGAGAAAAUUCGUGGAACAUGGGGAAUACGAGAAGGCCUACUACGGAACGUCGCUGGACGCAAUUCGAUCGGUCGUAAAUUCCGGCAAAAUUUGCGUCCUCAACUUGCACCCGCAGAGCUUGAAGAUACUGAGAACGUCCGACUUGAAGCCCUACGUUGUCUUUGUCGCGCCCCCCAACCUCGAGAACUUGAAGGUCAAGAAGGAUCGACUGGGAGAAUCAUACAAGGAGGAAGAUUUGGUGGACAUCAUCGAUAAAGCUCGAGAGAUGGAAAACAAGUACGGUCACUUCUUCGACAUGAUCAUCAUCAACAAUGACACGGAAAGAGCCUACCACGACUUGUUGUGCGAAAUCAACAGCUUGGAAAGGGAGCCGCAAUGGGUGCCGGCUGUCUGGAUUAAAACGGCGUAGGGCAUACUGAAGGGCUAAAUUUGUCGAUCCAAGCCCUUUAAAACAUUGAGUUAAGAAGUCUGAAAAUGUGUGUGACAGUGUGCAGGACAGUCAGAAAUCAAUUUUAAGUCUAGUCGUAGAAGUUUUUUUAGCAAUCAGAUUGGUGACUGCACAGUGAAUUCUCAGGACUGAUGUAAAUGAGAUUUCAGGCCCCAAUGGUAAUUUCAUCCACAAUUGUUUUGCUAAGUUAAUAAUAAAAGUUGUGCUAGUCGGCUGGUGCAUGGGGACAAUUGAAUCCUACCAGAACUCCAUUCGUUAACAAAAAGGUGCUAGUCUGAUUCAGUUUUACCGAAUUGAAUAACCCGUACAACCAGGCCAAUAGGGAAUGUUGGCUAAAUAUGCCGUGCCAUCACAUUCAUGAAAUUUGUUAUAAAUAAUCAUUAGAGGGCCGCGCAUAUUUAGCUGAGAAAAACUUUGCAACACCUAAAACAAAUCCUUGACUGAUUGUAUUCACACACGUGCAACAGCCUGUAACUUUAAAAAGCCCCGCAACAAAAUUCAGGGAAAUCGAAUAGAAAGUACUGGACGAAGUACGAAAACAACGAGCUAGUUUCUUACUUCGCCCUGUACCUUUGCCGGUCUGCAAAAUUAUAAAAAUUAUUCCAAACAGCCAAACAAUGUCAAUGGCGUUAGUGAAGCAUAAUAAAUAACUAACUGUAGUAUUAGUUUCGUACAUUAGACUGGCAAAUGAUUGAUUAGAGGCAGCGACACUCAGGACGAAAAAAGUGCCAAAUUGAAUCGAGUUUCGUUUCAUGUUUAGAAGAAAAAAAACAGUAUUUUAGUGUAGUGAUGUAGGUGCAGGCCGGUACAUGGAUCAUUUCCACUAGUUGCUGGCAAACGUCUGCCUGAGCAACUGGUGAAAACGAUUGAUUUUGUUAACAGAAUAGACUAUACAGAACAUUUAACGUCAUUUUAAGUACUUAUGUUUUAGGGAAGGCUCGGCAUACAAAUGUUCUGCUCAAGCACCAUUUCCACUCGUUUCUAUGUCGAAUCUUAUUUUGAGGCCAACUCUAAAGUUUGAGGCAACUUUUCCACGUUACCGAUCGCGAAUCACAAGUCGCCUUGAAUUUUGGAGUCGCCUAGUGGGCGAAUGCCCACAAUUGAACAUUUUAAUUCUGAAGUCAUAGUGUUGUUUAUUUAUUGUUAUUUUUAACCUGUAUAUAAGAUAUAUUAUUACUAUAACUAGAAGUGUAAAUAAUGUACAAGUCAAACCCUAUGGUGUUUGACGAAUCCUGUAAAAAUCAUUGUUUCAAUGCGGACCUGCGUAUAAAUCAUGUGACUUCGGGUUCAUUUUUUAUUUGAAAAAAAAAACAUUUUUAUUAUAUUGUAACGCAUACAAAUAAUUGUUUCCAUUUAAAAUAAAAGUUUCUCACUAGCAA